GUGGCGGCGCCGCCCCCUGGGCCCGGCCAUGGUGCAGGCCUGGUACAUGGACAAGUCGGCCGACGAUCCGCGGCGGCCCCACCGCGGGGAGCCCGCGCGCCCGGUCGGCCUGGAGCAGCUGCGUGGGCUCGGGGUCCUUUACUGGAAGCUGGAUGCUGACAAAUAUGAGAACGAUCCAGAAUUAGAAAAGAUCCGAAAAGAGAGAAACUACUCCUGGAUGGACAUAAUAACCAUAUGCAAAGACAAACUACCAAAUUACGAAGAAAAGGUGAAGAUGUUUUACGAGGAGCAUUUACACCUGGAUGACGGGAUUCGCUACAUCCUGGACGGCAGUGGGUACUUCGACGUGAGGGAUAAGGAGGACAGGUGGAUCCGGAUCUUCAUGGAGAAAGGAGACAUGAUCACUCUCCCCGCCGGGAUAUACCACCGCUUCACACUGGACGAGAAGAACUACGUGAAGGCCAUGCGGCUGUUUGUGGGAGACCCAGUGUGGACGGCGUACAACCGGCCAGCUGACCACUUCGAGGCCCGCGGGCAGUACCUAGAGUUUCUGGCGCAGACGGCCUAGCGGUGCCCUGGGGCCUGGCGCACCCCGGCCCCCCUUGUGAAGGUCCCAAACCUGAUGGCAACAGAAAAUCCGUCAUAUUCUCUUUGCUUUUGUGUUGUAGACUUGAUGCUAGGUGAGCUUUCCUCUGCAAGAGUGUUGGAUCAGAAUAUGUUUUAAUGGGAGCAGCUGUAGAACCGGUUUGUACGUGGAAGCACUUGUGAAGAUCU